AUGCCCUGGUGUUUUUCUCAUAUUUUCUUUCUUUAUUUUGCUCUAAAUGCUGCAGUUGGUCAUGAAUCAGUAGAGCUCUCAACUCUUGUGACUUUUCCAAGAACUGACAUUACUACUAGUGCAGUUUCUUUGCCUAUUCAAGAUCUUUAUGGAGUGUCCACUAGUGUUCUUGAAGCUGAAAAUUGGCUAAGAAGCAAUGUUUUAGCUCACUAUCCAGCUACAAAUAUCACUACUAUUCUUGUUGGUCAUACUCUUUUGUGCAAAAUAAAUCAAGAAAACAGAAUGAGGUUAAUCUUGCCAUCAGCUAAGAACAUUUACUAUUCACUUACAAGAUGGGGUUUGCAUACUGAAAUCAAAGUGUCCACUUCUUUUUCUUCCAACUGUUUGGACCAAGAUUCUGGUUUGUACAAUCUUGAUUUGGCUCAAGAGUAUAUUAAACCUCUUCUUGACUUCUUUCAACAUGUUAAUGCACCCUAUGUAGUGAACUUAGGAUAUUUGGAUGUAAAGAUUGAAUCUUUGAUGAAUAGUCAUAUAGGGUCUAUGAAAAAAUUGGGAAAUUUUAGCCUAAACAAGAUUUUCUUGAUUAAUGAGAAACCAAAACAGGGAAGAUCCUUAAGUAGAAAGCUAUCAACUUUUGACUCAAAAUACAGUAAUUUUCCUUCAAGGCCAACCCCAUUAGCCCCAAAUCCAAAUCUGCCAUCUCCAGCAUUUGCUGCUAACAGUCCACUUCCUCCAUUAAUUGGAAACAUUUCACCUCCUUUUGCUCCUGAAAUGGCUCCUCCAUUGUUCAAUCCUAUUAGCCCUUCUUAUGGACCUCAUUUGCCACCUUGUAUACCAUCUCAUGGUGGGGGGUGGGGUGGAGUUGGGGGUCCAGUAGGUGCACCAGCAACAGGAGGUCAUGGUAGUAGUGGGCUAUGGUGUGUAGCUAAGCCUAGUGUACCACCAGAGACAUUGCAAGAGGCAUUAGAUUAUGCAUGUGGUGAAGGAGAUGCUGAUUGUGAAGCUAUUAGUCCUAGUGGAAGUUGUUUUUACCCUGAUACUGUUGUGGCUCAUGCUUCUUAUGCUUUCAAUAGUUACUGGCAGAAAACAAAAGGCAAUGGUGGUACUUGUGGAUUUGGAGGCACAGCUAUGCUAAUUAACUCUGAUCCAAGCUAUCUCCAUUGUCGAUUCAUUCUUGCAUGA